UGAUGCGUGCAGAUCCCAGUAGGGUGGCCUUUUGCAGAUCGUGAUUUUGUCAAUGCCUAUUGUUUUCAAAUGCCGGCUGAGAUCUUUUGGCACGGCACCCAGUGUGCCCAUCACCACCGGGAACCACCUGCACUGGUUUUUGCCAGAGUCUUUGCAGUUCAAUCUUGAGGUCCUGAUAGCGGCUGAGUUUUUCCUGUUGUUUUUCGUCAAUGCGACUGUCACCUGGGAUGGCAACAUCAAUGAUCCAAACCUUUUUCUUUUCCACAACUGUGAUGUCUGGUGUGUUGUGUUCCAGAACUUUGUCAGUCUGGAUUCGGAAGUCCCACAGUAUCUUUGCGUGCUCAUUUUCCAAGACUUUUGCAGGUUUGUGAUCCCACCAGUUCUUUGCUGCUGGCAGGUGGUACUUGAGGCAUAAGUUCCAAUGAAUCAUUUGGGCCACAUGGUUGUGCCUCUGUUUGUAGUCUGUCUGUGCGAUUUUCUUACAGCAGCUGAGGAUAUGAUCAAUGGUUUCAUCAGUUUCCUUGCACAGUCUGCAAUAAAUAUUAUUAUUACUAUUAUUUAUAAGUGCAUACCUGUGCCCAUAAAGAAGCUGAGAGUUAACUCUUGCUCUGAAUCUCUGGGCAGUUGCAGGAAUGAAUUGCCCUCCUUUCCCAUAGAAUAACCCAGUGUUUGCUUCAAUAUUCGUCCGAGUGUUUUCAAUGUGAGUGUCCCAUGUGCCCCUUGUUUGAAAGAUAAUGCGUUGCCCAGAUAUUUAUAAAACGUAACUUCCCCAAUGAACCGCGAUCCUUGGAAGAUCACAUCGAGGGACUUCCAGAUUAUUUCCAAGGAGAGUAAAUAUAGAAAGUGCACACAUAGGCGGGAUCGGUAUUAGCUUUGGAAAAAGGUCUCAACUUCUCCUUUUCCUCUGUGGCAACUGCGGAGGAAGCAAAGCCGCAAACCUUCCUUGCCUUUCCAUGCAUCACGUCAGCAAACGAACCCUGGCAUGUUUAGGCACAUGACUCAUGUUUUUUCCCUCCGUGUCAGCACCUUCCUUUUGAGGAACGUCAGCAUGGCCGGUUCCUUGCCUUGGCAAGACCACCUCCAAGCCUAGAACGGGGCGCAAAGUGGCCAAGGGACUGGGAACAGGGUGGCCGGAGUGGGAGAUGGACAGGCCCCAGAAAGACAGGGUCUCCCUUCCCCAGAGGGAAAUAGGCUCUCUAGGAAUUCACUCAGCCCUUUAGGUCGUUCUAUCUGCUAUGCUUUUCCUUGAAGUUGCACUGGAGGACCUGCCAAAUUCCUAGAGAGGAUUCCCUGCGAUGUCUAAAAGUUUCUGUAGUGUUGCUUUGGAGCAAAUUUCCAGAAAGGUGUUUCCAGACCUCUUAUGGUACACUUACGGCGCAGUGGAUUAAACCGCUGAACUGCUGAAUUUGCUGACCAAAAGGUCAGCGGUUCAAAUCCUGGGAGCGGAGUAAGCUCCCAGGGUUAGCCCCAGCUUCUGCUAACUGAGCUGUUGAGUAGAUCAAUAGGUACUUUUCCGGCGGGAAGGUAAGGGUGCUCCAUGCAGUCUUGCCAGUGACCACAUUACCUUGGAGGUGUCUACGGACAUGGGAAUGUGAGUAGAUCAAUAGGUACUGCUCUGGUGGGAAGGUAACAGCACUCCAUGCACAUGAUCUUGGAGGUGUCUACAGAUAUGGGAAUGUGAGUAGAUCAAUAGGUACUUCUCUGAUGGAAAGGUAAUGGCACUCCAUGCAGUCAUGCCAGUGGCCACAUGACCUUGGAGGUGUCUAUGGACAUGGGAAUGUGAGUAGAUCAAUAGGUACUGCUCCGGCGGGAAGGUAAAGGCACUCCAUGCACGUGACCUUGGAGGUGUCUACAGAUAUGGGAAUGUGAGUAGAUCAAUAGGUACUGCUCCGGCAGGAAGGUAACGGUGCUCCAUGUAAUCCUGCCAUCAGCCACAUGACCUUGGAGGUGUCUACGGACAUGGGAAUGUGAGUAGAUCAAUAGGUACUGCUCCGGCGGGAAGGUAAUGGCGCUCCAUGCAGUCAUGCCAGUGGCCACAUGAUCUGGAGGAAGGACCGAAGUUUGACCAUGCGUGGUUUAGAUGUUCUUGCCAUUGCUGUCCUUCUAGAGAUGCCUUCCAUGCAAACAAUUCCUUGCUAUCAGAAAGCAUUGAGCGCAAGGCUUGCAGCGUCAGUUUGCUUUUGCUGGAAGAACAUCCUUGAGAUCAAGGAUCAGUGAAACAAGAAUUUCUUGCACCCAAAGUUAGCCUAUAUGGAGCCAUUUAUCUCCCCCUUGAAAUAAAAAAUAGUGAUGUUUUGCAAAAUAAUAUCCGCACACACUGCCCAGGUCUUUGGAUCAGUGCAAGGUUUCGUCUGGCUCUUUAGUCCGUUUCCUCUUCUAUGUUUCUGAACCAUUCAACCCAUUGCAAGAUGCUUUUUCUCUCUCUAAACAACAACAACAAAAAAAAGGAAGGAUAAUAAAAAGAGCGAAGAGAAGGAAGUUGUGCUACUUCCCUCCUGGUUUUAGAGAGCGAAGAAUCUCAUCCGUAAAGAGGAGGAAGAAAUUGGGAUUUGGUUUCGGCAAUGGAGAAGUGGUCUUGGUUCGGGUUUCUGAUGCUCGCGGCCACCGUUUCCGGCAAAGGCAUACUAGAUCUCUCUGGCAGAGAAGAGGUCAAUGGGACCUGGAAGGCCUUUGUUGUUUUGCCGUGUGCCUAUGAGCCGUCGCCCGGCUUCCGGGAGCUGAGCGUGGCUUGGAAGGCCUCCCAGCAAGAGCACGGCCUCCGGACCCUCUUCCACCGGGACCAGAGCUCCGGGGACCAGACCCUCUUGACCGCCUUCAAAGGCCGGCUCAGCGUCCCGAGGAAGCCGGCCGGAGAGGUCUCCCUCCGAAUCGAGGCGCUGGACAUGACCGACAGCGGGGUCUACACCUGUUCGGUGGCCUGGGAAGCGAAGAACAAGAGCCGGAUCUCCAAAGAGAGGGUCACCAGGCUCAGGGUCAUCAAAGUCCCAGUGACCAAACCGGUCAUCCAGUCCAGUUCUGGGGCCGGGGCCGCGUCCGCAGGGGCCCAGACCAGCCUGACGUGCUUGACCGAGGGCUCUCCGCCCAUCAGGUAUCGGUGGUACAAGGAACAAGCCGAUGGCACCAGUCGUUUUGUGGACAGUGAAGCCGUGCUCACCUUCAACCCGCUGCAAGCCUCGGACGCAGGGAGAUAUUCCUGCACGGUGGGAAACCGAGUCACUGCCCGAGUGCAGCGGAGCGAGACGUUUGAGCUCAUUGUGAGAGGCGGUUCUACUUAUUUUAAUACUACGUAUCCCAGCAUUUUGUCUGAGGAGCCCACAACGUCCAGGCCAGAAACAACGAAGGAGACUCUCGAAGCGAGGACCACCGCGGGCUCGGUCGUCUGGAGAAGGGUGACUACGUCAACAGCUGCAAGGACAUCUUCCUCGACCUUUGGUCCACACUGGAAAGCCUCUGAAAGGCAAGGCCAUCGCAAGGCCGCCUUGCCCUUCUACGUCAUCAUCCUGAUCGCGGUGCUGGUCUCCGCCGCGGUCCUGUCCGUCAUCGCCAUCGCCUUUUGCAGAAGAAGGAGAACCAAACCCGAUCGCAGCUACCAAGUUGCAUACAACAAUAACGAUGCGGCCUUUGUGCCCGGAGGAGGAGGAGGAGGAGGCGGCGGCAGCGAAGGGCCGUGCGUUGCCCCGCAGCCGUGCGAAGGGCCGUACGAGGAGCCCACCCGCUGCCUGGAGAACAACUACACGGAGGAGCCCACCAAGGCCGGCCCGUACGUGGCCAUGCGCACAACGCUUGAGAACGAGUACGAGCUCCUGGUGAGCAAGGAGUCUGAGUACGAAGUGACCGUAUGAACUUUCAGGGAGCCUUUGCUUCCAACUUUUCCACAACCUGAACAGACUCCAAUCAACCUUCCUUGUUGCGAGCUGCACUGCGCUGCAUGGCUCCAAGACCGAGGUUGCACGUACAAAUCCCACAUCAACAUUUCAAUGCUUGCCCGUUCUUGCUAAAGUUUGCACCACUUGCAUUAGGUUUGGAUAUACAGUAGAGUCUCACUUAUCCAACAUAAACGGGCUGGCAGAAUGUUGGAUAAGCGAAUAUGUUGGAUAAUAAGGAGGCAUUAAGGAAAAGCCUAUUAAACAUCAAAUUACAUUAUGAUUUUACAAAUGAAGCACCAAAACAUCAUGUCAUACAACAAAUUUGACGGAAAAAGUAGUUCAACAUGCAGUAAUGCUAUGUAGUAAUUACUGUAUUUACGAAUUUAGCACCAAAAUAUCACGAUGUAUUGAAAACAUUGUCUAGAAAAAUGUGUUGGAUAAUCCAGAACGUUGGAUAAGCGAGUGUUGGAUAAGUGAGACUCUACUGUAGUAGCAAUAGUCCCAUUUCACCCCUUACCAUCCCAUGUUUCCGCCUGCUUUUAAAAUGCACCAGUUUCUUUCUCCUCCCCGCCUUUGUUCUCACUUCAAUUGCUGCAAACUCCGUUCAAAGUGCAAAAGACCAUGGCUGCAUCUACACUGCCAUAUAAAAUCCUUGAUAUCUACUUUGAACUGGAUUAUAUGAUGAGUAGACUAAUAUCUACUCAUCAUAUACAGGGCCCGGGCUGUGGCGCAGGCAGGAGAGCAAGCCAGUUGCAAUUAACUGCAAUGAAUCACUCUGACCAGGAGGUCAUGAGUUCGAAGCCGCUCGGAGCCUAUGUUUGUUUGUCUUUGUUCUAUGUUAAAAGGCAUUGAAUGUUUGCCUAUAUGUGUAAUGUGUAAUGUGAUCCGCCCUGGGUCCCCUUCGGGGUGAGAAAGAGGGGCGGGAUAUAAAUGCUGUAAAUAAAUAAAUAAAUAAAUAA